CUUCAACCAAAUAUUGACCUCGCAAUUGAUGGUGCGGACGAGGUGGACCCAAACCUCGACCUUGUCAAGGGCCGUGGCGGCGCGCUAUUGCGUGAAAAGAUGGUGGAAGCGGCGUCGAAAGCUUUCAUUGUUGUUGCUGAUGAUAGUAAAUUGGUAUCUGGGCUCGGCGGAAGUGGCCUCGCCAUGCCAGUCGAGGUGGUUCAAUUCUGCUGGAAGUACAAUUUGGUGCGGCUCAGCGAGCUGUUCAAGGAAUUGGGAUGCGAUGCAAAACUGAGAUUAGGGGCGGGCGAGAAGCCUUAUGUGACUGAUAAUGGCAACUACAUUGUUGAUUUGUACUUCAAGACUCCCAUUAAAGAUGGGUUCGCGGCCGGAAAGGAAAUUUCUGCUCUGGAAGGAGUGGUGGAGCACGGGCUGUUUCUGGGAAUGGCUACGUCUGUGAUCAUUGCAGGAAAAAAUGGGGUGGAGGUGAUGGCCAAGUGAGAGGUGAGAAAUGGAACUUUGUUUCUUGUUGUUGUUGUGAUAUAACCCACCGUGAGGUGAUUUAUUUAUGGGGUUUUCUUAUUUGUUGAAAAAUUUUGGAUCUUUAUGAAAUUGUAGACUAGUUGUACAAUUUGGUCGCUUAUUAAUUGGCAAAACUUGAAUAAUUUGAAAUGAAAUGUUUCAUGCUCA